UGGAGUUAAACUGGCAUGCGGAGCCUCCGCUGUCCCUCUAGGCUCCGGUUCUUCCUUGCCAAUGGGAGUGAUAUGCGUUUCCAAGCCUCUCGCCUUUCUUUUCCUGCGUGUAUCACAAACCUGUGGGCCUGCCUUUCUGUCCCGGCUGGCACUCGGGAGCCAGAUCAAAGAAACAAUGAACAACGGCAUCUGAGUGCCAGCCAGGACAUUGCUGCUAUCGAUUGCAAAAGGAAGGAGGAAGGGGAAGGCACACCAGUUGCUUUCCUUUAUUAUCAGCAUCCCCAUUCAUUCUGAACAAGCUGGCUUUUUUGCUCUCCUCUCCCCAUAUUCUCCUCCUUGUAUUUCUGGAAAUCUGAACCUCCCUUUUGGUCAUGUGCUGCUCUUUUCUGGGUUACUUAAAGGCAGCUGGGGGCUCCUGGACAACUGAUUCUCCCUUCAGACAGCUGGGCACUUUCUGUUCCUUUUUUGCCUGAGUGCGAAGUGGGUUUCUUUCCUAGCUGACCUCUUGUGAGACUGCAUCAUGGAGUGUGGAGUGGUGGCUACUCAUCUGAAAGUUUGCCCUGGAGAGGCUGUUCAAGUGGAAGGCAAGAUCUUGCCAGGUUGCAAAGGUUUUGAGGUGAAUCUGGGCAAGAACUGUGAGAAUCUGGUGCUUCACUUCAACCCUCGGUUUGAUUGCAAAGGAGACGCCAACACCAUUGUGUGCAACUCCAGGAGAGACGGAGUGUGGGAAGACGAGGAACGAGACACCCAUUUUCCUUUUGAACAAGAUAGCAACUUCAAGGUUUCCUUCACUUUCGAUACCAGUGAGAUAAAAGUGAAACUGGAGGAUGGCCAUGAGAUUCCCUUCCCAAACCGGCUGGGUCUUGAUGUCCUCGAAUAUGUUGCAGUGGAGGGAGACUUCAAAAUCCAAGUCCUCAGAUUUGCCUGAUGGAACCACCUAUUCCCACAGUCUUCCUACCCUAGGUGACUGAAUAAAGUCUUUCAGUGCUUUGGGAACAGGCUUCUUAACAUGUGUUUGCAAAAUUGAAUGCUUUAUGCAUCUCCUUUUAUUGUUGGCCCAUGGCUCUCUCAACUGAGAUCUCUUGCUUGCUUGCAUCGGCUACAAUGGGCCGUUUGGAGAACUGGCUCAUUUUAUAUAAAAUAAAUAUCAUGGUUUGCCAUGUUGCCAUGAAAAUGUA